ACUGCUGGAAACGAGACGCACUACUGGACAGUGAAUGAGUUCAUUUAGUUGCAAAGCGGGAAAACCCGUGUCCUUUACAAGAAGUUCGGAUUCUGCUUCUCUCUUCGCCCGUGAAUUCGGCUUUGAUCGAGAGAGUUUCUAUGAGUGCUAGUGUUGUCCUGGAUAAUGGGUCACUUGUAUAUUCUCGUUUGCUGAUCGGAUGCUGCAACGGGAGAAAAUCUCUGUCGCCGCACAAUUGCUCUCCUGAAACUGAUCGGGCGCGCGAUCUUGUGCCGCCAUGCUAGAAUUUAUAUAUUGAUGCGAACAACUCUGGAGGACUUCAAUCUAGUGCGAUCAGCAGUUUAGGACCGUUGAGUUCUUUUUUGAGAAGAGCAGGGAAACGGCGCUGGCGUCCUCCUGUGGUAGAACGAAAAGUUGCCUUCUAGAAUACUUGCAAAAAAGUUUCGUACGGUGAAUUUAUUGUGGCAAAGAUGUGCUAAAAUCAACAAUUUCGAAAUUGAUACAAAUCAGUUUAUUCGUGGUAUCAAGUGUGAUAGAAAAAAUCACGUGGUUGUGUAACGGUGAUUGUUCUAAUAUCUGGAAUCAAAAAUUCUAUUGUUCGUGGAAUUUGUUUCGAACUGAGUAACACAAAUCUAACAUGGCUCCAAAACCACAAGAAAAUAUUUCGGUAGUGCACGCCGGGGACGACGACAUGCCGGGAUCAUUGAAUAAUGCGAGCAGUCUGGGCAAUCUUAGCAAUAACCUGAAAUUGAACGGCUUCAUCAACAAUGGCUUCGUUUCGGACUGUCCUGUCAUGGCGGAUAAGAAUGAUAAAACAAAGGAGCCUGAUUUGAAACAAAAAAAUGGUAAAAAGGCUGGUUCCGUCGCGCUGAAUGUUAUACGAGAGAAACCCAUUGUCGAUUUCGAUGACCUUUUACCACAUAUUGGAGAAUUUGGCCGCUACCAGAAGAUCCUGUUUUUACUGAUGAUCCCGUUUGCGUUUUUCGUGGCAUUCGUUUACUUCUCGCAAAUUUUCAUCACUCUCGUUCCGGAAGAACACUGGUGCAGGGUCCCGGAAUUAGAACAUUUGUCUGUGGAAGAUCGACGUGCCUUGGCGAUUCCUGUGUACUUUGAACACGGAACCGAAUUUGACGAUGGCACUGCUUCCUACAGCCAGUGUUCGAUGUAUGCCGUCAACUUUACGGAAGUGUUGGCCAACAACAUUAAAAAAGCUGAUCCAUCUUGGCCAACUCAACCCUGCAAGCAUGGGUGGGAAUACAACUUUACGGAUGUGCCAUACAGGACGGCAGCCACCGAUUUCGAAUGGGUCUGCGAGAACACAUACCUGGGUACGUUGUCACAGUCGAUCUUCUUCGUAGGUGCAAUUGUAGGUGGACUACUAUUCGGCUGGAUCGCUGACCGGUAUGGUAGGAUACCGGCACUCGCCGGUUGCAACGUGAUAGGAUUCGCAGCUGGUGUUGCGACCGCUUUCGUCGGCAACUUCUGGCAAUUCGCUUUCUGCCGAUUUCUUGUCGGGUUCGCCUUCGAUAACUGCUUUACAAUGAUGUACAUUUUAGUUCUGGAAUACGUUGGCCCCAAAUGGCGCACUUUUGUCGCCAAUAUGUCGAUUGCACUGUUUUUCACCACCGCUUCCUGUAUGCUCCCGUGGAUCGCUUACUAUCUUGCCAACUGGAAGCUGUUUGCCAUCGUUACCUCGGCUCCGCUAGCCCUGGCCAUUUUUACACCGCUACUUGUACCGGAAUCGGCCAGAUGGCUUGUGUCGCAAGGUAAAGUGGAUAAAGCUAUUGGGAUUAUGAAGAAAUUUGAAAAAAUCAACAAAAAGACGAUUGAUCCAAAGAUGUAUCAGGAAUUUAGCGAUAGCUGCGUCCGCCUGCAGGAGGAAGAAGCCGCCAACAGUAACUACUCAGUGCUAGACCUGUUCAAGACUCCACGUUUGCGAAACAUAACCAUUCUGCUGAUCAUUAUCUGGAUGGCCAUCUCACUGGUGUUUGACGGGCACGUGCGUAACGUGGGAUCUCUCGGUUUGGAUUUGUUUUUCACGUUCACGAUCGCUGCUGCCACCGAGCUUCCAGCCGAUACUUUUCUAACCCUAACCCUGGAUCGAUGGGGUCGCCGUUGGUUGGCCUGUGGAACGAUGGUGGCUAGCGGUGUGUUCAGCUUACUUGCUACUACCGUACCACUAGGUGCUUUCUCUGCCACACUGGCAAUCCUCGGUCGUUUCAGUGUGAAUAUUUCAUACAACAUUGGGCUGCAGUACGCAGCUGAGUUACUACCAACGGUGGUCCGUGCUCAAGGUGUGGCCUUCAUUCACAUAAUGGGCUAUGUCGCAAGUAUUGUUGCACCGUUUGUGGUGUACCUUUCACAUAUUGCCCCCUCGAUGCCGUUAAUCGUGCUGGGAAUCUUUGGAAUAGUCGGAGGUAUACUUUCACUCUUUUUGCCCGAAACACUAGGACAUGACCUUCCACAGACACUGUCGGAUGGAGAAGAUUUUGGACGAGGGCAAAAAAUUUGGGACUUUCCGUGCAUGACCAAACAAGUUGACGACGGCAUUGAUGAUCUGCCGGUUGAACGUUUUACACGAUGCACCUCAAUCGGUGCUUCACUUCGGGCUUCAACAAGUGGCGAACUUCGAUCAAGCAUGUUAAAUCGAUCGAUUCGAUCACGGGUCUCAGUACGAUCAACCCAGCAGCAAUCACGGCCAGAUCAAUUGACCGAAUGCGUUUAAUACCACAGAAUUUUGCAAAUUUGUGCAGUAUCCUACCUACUUAUUUACGAGUACUUAAGAACCUUCCUAGGAGAUAGAAUAAUAGACUACUAUUUCUCACGAGUUCGGUGCUGUGUAUAUGCCGAUCGCUGAGGAAUUAAGCUUUCCACUAGUCAACCGUAUCGGAUGGUUAAUUAGAAUUGAUACUCGUAUUAUGAUCCCAACUGAAAUAACUAGAAAAAAAUUACGUGAUCAAUGAGGCAGAGAGAACCAUUAGUGCUGUGAGACACAAUUUUGGAGAACACGUUGCAUCGUUAAAUCGUGUAAUUUUAAGUAAUCGUAUUUGCCAAAAGUAUUAUUUUCCCUCAAACCGACAAAGUCACCAAGUGUACCGAGCAAUAGGAGUUCCACAGGCUGUGCUAUACAUGUACCAAAAGGUACCGCAGCCUGAAGUGUGAUACCCGUUUUAACAUGUUCUAUUGACAGUCAUCCAGCUAUAAUAGUAUUUAUAUUAAACUUAGUUGUAACCAUCUAGGUCCAUGGUAAAAUCAGCUUACCCCAGAGUAAACAAAAUGGUUUUAGUAAUUGUAUGUCCAUACUAAGGAGCACAAAUUCGAAAGACUUGAAGAAAACUGAUUUGACUUAAUCGUUGUGCUGGUUACUGUUGAAAAAACGAUCGAAAUUUUGAUGCUACCAGCAGCAGGAAUAUAAUUUUAAUUUAUUUGUUCCAUUAUUUUCAACCAUUGUGAAGUGAACAGUAAGAUUAUAUUGACAACCAAACGAUGGUACAUUCGAAACUAUUGUACUGUUUAACACGAAUAAAGCAACGAAUAUCAAGUAAAUAAUUGAUUUAUUAUUGGUUGAAAAUAGUACUAUUUCAAAUAUCUAAAAUAAACUACAAUUCGCCACUUCUGCAACCGUAAUAUGAGAAUAUUCCCAGCUCCGAAAUAUUAUUAAUAGAGAUCUUUCGUUUGCAAAUGCAACGAUGUGAGUUCCAGUUUACAGUUUUUGGGCGUUACUUCCGGGAAUCGAUACUGUCGAAGUGAAUUUGUAUCGUUAUCAACUAACAAGACCUAUUUCGCUAAUUUAGGCCUAGUUUAGAAGAGUUCUUUUUCGUGUUUUGUAUCAUCGUCUUUCAAGACGAAUCAAAAAUUUUGAAACUCAUCACUCGGAAG